CUUCCGGGGAUCUGGCGGCGGUGGCGGCGGUCACGGCGUGUUUCUGCCAUGGCGGGGGAGGUUCGGUGGAUCUACCGGGGAGAUCCCCAGGAGGGGCAGAGCGCUCCGCUAGUUCAGUUUACAAAUGGGAAAUUGAAGAAUCCUGAAAAUAUGAAUUUCACUUUGUACAGAAGCAAAGACAUCAAUAAUCCCAGAAAGAAGAAUUAUACAAUUGUGAAUGCAGAAACAGAUCGGCUGUCUUAUGUAGGAAAUAACUUUGGUGCAGGAGCCCUAAAAUGCAAUACUCUUUGCAGAUAUUUUGUCGGUGUUUUAGAUGAACCCUCUGGGGAAAUGGAGGUCUACAAUGCAGAAUUGUUCAACUUGCAGCCAUUAAUUUCAGAUGAUGUAGUAGAUAAUGACCUGUCAGAAUAUUUGGCUAAAUCCUAUAGAGAGAAGGUAGAUCUCUGCAUUGAAGCCUUUGGAACCAACAAGCAGAGAAAAGCCUUGAAUUCUCGGAGAAUGAAUGAAGUCAGAAAGGAGGUAUUAAAUAAAGCAGUGAUUAAAGCUGCGGAAGAUGUCAUAGAGACAAAAGGUGUUGCUGCAUUGGUUCAUGAUGCAGCAGAAGAUGAGAAAACUGAUGUCUCCUUGGUUCUUCCUCCCUGCCAUGAAGAUGCUAAAAAUCCAGAGGACGUCUACAAGUUUGAAGAUAUCAUUUCACCUGCUGAAUAUGAGGCACUUCAGGCUCCAGCUGCAGUUUUCAUGAACAUAACCGCAGCUGACAUUCUCAAGAUGACUGAAGAGAAAAGCUAUUGUUCCUUUGUCUUGGAUGGACUUAAAUCUAUGCCUUUGGAUGAGAAGAGUUACGAUCACAAAGCACGUUGCCUCUGGUUUUUUGACUGUCUUGUCAAGCUGAACUCCCAAAAAGUUGUUAAAAAGAAACAUGCCAUGGGCCCCACGUGUCCAGACAUCAUCAGCAACAAGCUUGUGAAAACUUUCACAGCACUGUCUUACGGCAAUGGCAGGAUACAAAAUCUAAUUUCAGCUUCAAUGAAAGUUAAGAUAACAGCAUAUGCUAUAGCCCUGGCUUUGCAUAUUAACCGUUUUCAAACAGAUCUGACAGUCUUGCAGCGAGAUCUGAAACUACGUGAGAACAAAAUACUUGACAUUGCCAAGGCGAUGAGACUGAAGAUCAGCAAAAGCAAAAACCUCUCUGGAUUUGAAGAACACAAAUUAGGGACCUUAUGCUUGCCUUUACCUGCACAGAAGAUACCCCUGCGCAGCAGGAAACGCAAACUAAAUUAAGAAUUUUUUUUCCUCUAGGACUUACAACAAGCUGGACAAACUUACGGAUCAUGUGAACAGAGCUACCAUUUCAUUGUCCUGAAAGGACUGGAGAGAUUUGUACUUGUAGUUAUACAUUUUUGUUUCUCUCUUGAGGUAGUUUAGCAGAGAUCUGCACUUUUACUGAAGUGCUAUGUUGUCAUUUAUUUGAACAUUCGGCAUCUUGGUUCAAAACAGCCAUAUAGGAAUAGUUUCCUCCAUCCAUGUAAAAUAGUUAAAAUGUGAGCAUGACUGAACAUUUACAAUGUUUAACAUUAACAUUAAAUACUUUAAUGUUUAAAAAAUGUUCCUUGUUUUUUGGUAAUAAACAUUUUUUAAAAAUA